CAUGGUAACCACAAAUUCAGUGCGCUAACUGCUGCUGCUAACUCUAGCCAACACAUUUAGCCAAAUAAAACAAAAUCUCUCAGUGACAAGUAGAAAGCCGAGUUUGUAGCUAUGGAUGCCACGGUAAAGCCUUUGAGGAUUCCUCCUGAAAUGGCCAUUUAUGCGGAGAAGCAUGAAGUUUUUGACUUGCUGCAGUCUCUGGUGAGGAAUUUGGUCGUUGAUAAGCCUGAGGACCCCAUUCAGUAUCUAAUUGGGAUGCUGAAAAAGGGCAGUGUUGAGGUGCCUCGAGUGAUCUUGCUGGGCCCGCCAGCAGCUGGGAAGAGAACCGUGACUAGAGCCGUGUGUGAGCGCACCCAGGCCAUUCGCGUGACCGUCAACCACAUCCUAAAGGAGGACCCCGACUUCAGUGGCCAAGCCCAGCAGUGCCAGGACAGAGGAGAGAAGAUCCCAAGUGAUCUCUGGAUCAGAAUGGUGCGAUCCAGGCUGUCCAGAAUUGACUGUGUGCGCAGGGGCUGGGUUCUGGAAGGAAUCCCCAGAACCCGAGAGGAAGCUCUGAGUCUUCAGGAGGCUGGAAUUGCUCCGGAUCACGUGGUGAUAUUGGAUGCGCCCGAUGAUGUUCUGAUUGAGAGGAGUUUGGGCAAGAGGAUUGACCCAGAGACAGGAGAUGUGUACCACGUGGCCUUCAUGCGUCCAGAGAGUGUGGAGGUGCUGAAGCGCCUGGAGCCUCCAAAGGAGUUAGUGACCGAGGAGCUGGUCGCUAAGCAACUGCAUCAGUACCGCCGAGAAGCCCACGGCCUGCUGAGGACCUACGGACCUCACCUGUGCUGCAUCAACACUGACCAGCCACACCUGGACGUCUGCGCUCAGGUUCUGAGCUACGUUCUGAUGCGGCACCGCUCCAGUGCCCCACACACCCCCCGUAUCCUGCUGUUCGGGCCCCCCGGGUCCGGCAAGAGUCUGCAGGCCGGCCUCCUGGCCCACAAGUACAACAUCAUGGACAUCUGCAGUGGGAAGCUGAUCAAAGCGGUGUACGCAGACGAGUCCAGCAUGGGAGAGCUCCUCAAACCCUACCUGGAGUCUGGAGAGGAAGUGCCGGACAGCAUAGUGCUCCAGAUCCUGGUGGCCCGGCUGAGUCGUCUGGACUGUACCACGCGUGGCUGGGUCGUGCACGGCUUCCCCCGGGACGUGGAACAGGCCGAGAAGCUGCAAGAGUCCAACCACACCCCCAGCAGAGUGUUCUUCUUGGACAUGACGGAUGACGUCGCAGCAGAGCGUCUGUCUCUCAGAGCCGUCGAUCCGGUUACAGGAGAGAGGUACCACUCUCUGUACCGGCCCGCCCCCAGCGCUGAGGUGAAGGCCCGCCUGGUGUUCGACCCGCGGGACAGCGAGAGCCGUGUGCGUGCGCGCCUGCGCGAGUACUGGGAGCAGGUGUCCAUGCUGCAGGCCUUCUACCCCGACGCCAUCCACAUCAACGCCGACCAGGACCCCCACACCGUCUUCCAGUCCAUCGAGAGCCGCCUGGUGGGGCGCCUCCCCAAGACCCUGACGGACGCGAAGGAGAGCCAAUCAGAAUGAGCCGAUCCCGGCUCUGUGCCCCCGUGGUCCCGCCCACCCUGCUGUGCCCACGUGUGCCACCACAGCUCCCACCGCCUCCCUGGCGUGAGGAGAGAGGAGCAGGCCUCAGCAGCUCUGUUUGUGAUAAUAAAACUGCCUUUACCAAA